AUGGAUCGGGCGCAGUAUGAAAUAAUACAAGAUGAGGAGGUGCCGUACAAUGCGGAAGAUAUUGAACGUCUCCCACUGGUACCCCUUCAGCUGGAUUCGACGCAUAACUUGGAUCUCUUCUUUUCCCAAAUCUAUGAGUAUCACCAACUUGGUGGGUUUGCUGUGAUAACAACCAACUACAUACUCUCUGCGUUGAAGUUCGUGUUCCUCUUUUUUUGCUGUAUGGAGCUGGCGGCAUGUAUGAAGUGGGGCAAGGUGUUGGAUCCCAGAACAUCUAUCAACACUUGGGAUGACAUUGCAGUUCCACCUGCAGUGUGUUGGGCUUCGUUGCCGCCAUUUGCCGCGCUCUGUCUCUUUCUUGCUAUCCUCGUUUUCAUCUAUCAUUUGAUCCACUCGGUUAUAGCCUUGGCCCAGAUGUGGGGUGUCCGACGCUUCUGCACCAUAGCUCUGGACAUGCCUACGAGUGACUCCAAGCUGAAUGACUUAACCUGGAGCGAGGUUUUGCGACGCCUCCUUUCUGUACAAUCCCAAAUGCCCGUUUGUCAUACCAAGGUCUUGGACGAACUCGAUGUUUACAAUCGCAUUCUCCGCCAGACCAACUACCUCAUUGGUAUGGUCAACCGUGAAGUUAUUCCCUUUCGAUUUCAUCUGCCUCUGACCUCCAACCCUUAUAUCUACCUACCACACUACUAUCUUCUCAAUCUCAAAUUUCUUCUCUUUUGGGGACCAAAGUCUCCUUUCGCUUCCUACUCACAGUUGCGUCCUGAGUACAAGUUCCUUACACGGCGGCUCGAACUUGCUGCUGAAAUGGCCAAACACUCCCGCAUAAUUGGUCUCAUUGGCCUCCUUCUAAGCCCCCUUGUCUUUCUUAUACAGAUCCUCCUAUUCCUCUUUUCCAACGCCCAGAGAUUGCGUUACCAACCAGCACAGCUUUUCUAUAGAAGCUGGUCCAAUUAUGCUCGUUUAUAUCUGCGCCAUUUCAACGAGCUUCCGCACGAAUUUGACACGCGCUUAAACCAAGCCUACAAACCAGCAACAGACUAUCUGGAUUGUUUCCAGUCUCGCUUCUUGAGCGUUGUGGCAUCACAUUUGGCCUUCACGCUUGGUGGUCUCUCGAUUCUCCUUUUCGUGAUCAGUCUUUGUAGGGAGGGUUUAAUUCAUCUCACUGGUUAUUUGGCUGCAAUGGCAGUUGGUGGUCUGAUCGCUAACAUAUGCGUCAAUUUCAGCCCUACGGAGGACGCUGUCCACUUUCCUCGAGCCUCCCUUCUCGCCACUCUGGCAAAGAUCCACUACAUGCCUGAUAGUUGGAAGGAUAACCCCCACGCUCACAAAGUACGCUCAGAAUUCUCGCAACUCUUUCAAUUCAGAGCGGUCGGUGCAAUUGAAGAAAUCCUCUCUCCCAUCCUAGUACCCCUAAUCAUGAUCUUCUAUAUGCCCCGUAGAGGUUUGGACAUUGUGGACUUUAUGAGAAAUUUCACUACAGAAUUGGAUGGAGUUGGUGAUGUUUGUAGUUUCGCGCAACUAGACAUACCACGGCAUGGUGAUCCUGAGUGGUGUCCCAAUGUUAGCACAGUCCCUUCCUCGCCUUCUUCGGGAGAUAGGGACUCCGACGAUAGCAUUGGUAUCCGAAAUCUACCUGCAGCUGGUGGGAAAACUGAAUUAAGUUUGAUGCAUUUUCAUCACACUAAUCCAACCUGGUGCCUUCCACCUAAUAGUAAGGCCUUUCUCAGUGCCGUCAGGAAACAGGUCUUCAAUGAUUUGCAGCAACACCAACGAGUGCAAGCUGAUUUCAUCCGGGGUAUGGCUGUGUCCACCUCUCCCCUUUUUGCAUCACUUUACGCUGAGCAAGACCUCAAAACGACUGCCCCAUUGUCAACACAACAAAAGCCCGAUCAAGUCUAUUCCUCCGAUUUUUCAGUUCAUGCUAAAAAUGUAUCGCACGUGCCAACUGCCAUGGAACAGCCCUCCUUUGGCGUGACAGGUGCUCUAGUGGAGUCAGUGGUCAAGGGUCACGUACAGACACCAAACACUGAAAAUGGAACACCAGCUGAAGUUGCAUCUCCCACCUUCCCGCAUCAGACUGAAAGACAGGGUGUAUCUAGGCCCGCCUCACUGUUAGUUGCUCCUAUUUCAAUACCAUUUCUUGGAAUGGCAGCCUCGAGUCUAUACUACAAUCAGCAGGCUCUUUAUCAACCUUACAUGUCGCAAAUGGAAGAAAAAAAUACGAUGAACGUCAGCCAUAUGAGCCCCAGUGUCGGUGGUAGUAUGUCUUAUGGAGAAUUCACUGCAGACAUGGACAUCAGUUCAUUGUAUAUUCACGAUCUUCAUCAAAGACGGCGAAACGCACAUCGGCUGUCCCAAACGCCUUCUACUUUACUCCCGUGUGUGGCCUCUAAUCUGCGUCAACGCUCUUUUACGAGUGAUGGUUUACAGGAGGAGCUGCGCUACCAGCAGCCGGCUCAUCGUUACCUGGGCGCAACUGGACGGGGCCGAGGGCUAGCGCAUGGAGUCUCAGUGCCGGCGAGUCUACGCUCGGUCCGCCAAUUCGAAGGCGUGGUAGAGGAAGAGGCUGAUGGCGAAGUCGAUGAGGAAAGCAAUCUCACCACUUCGACUUCGCAGCAGCAGCAACAACAACAACAAACAACCUCGGCUUCCUCCUCCACAGUUAUCACCGCCGUUUCGCCUCAUAUUCUCGGUGACGAUGUGCAGAAGUGGCCGGACCUCCCACCACCCACCUGCUAG